AUGGCCACUACUCCAAUCCUCCUCCUUCUCGGCGCAGGUUCCAAUAUCGGACACCAUGUGGCUCGCUCCUUUGCCGAAAAGGGCUACAAGGUCGCUCUUGUAGCCAGAUCACUAAAAGAAGAAGAUAGCACUGAAGAUCAAAUCAAUAUCCCAGCCGAUCUAUCAGACCCAGCCUCCGUGGCCGAAGUCUUUUCGAAAGUCAGGGCACGACUUGGUCAUCCAAGUGUUGUCGUCUACAAUGCUGCCGCCCUAACACUCAACAACGCAAUGAGCCCCCUCUCGCUCUUACUGGCCGACUUCAUCCGCGACACGAACAUAAACACAACUAGCGCAUUCGCCGCCGCCCAACAAGCAGUCCUAAGCUUCGACCAACUCCCGGAAUCAGCAUCUAGAACAUUCAUCUACACAGGCAACAUCCUAAACACCACAACCAUACCCCCACUCCUCGAUCUAGGUGUUGGAAAGUCAGCAACAGCACAUAUAAUCCAAUCCGCCGCUUCUGCUUAUGCAGACCGGGGAUACAAGUUUUACUAUGCUGAUGAACGCAAGGCUGAUGGGUCCCCUACUUACAGUGGGCUCAGUGGGGAGGCCCAUGGUAAGCUCUAUGUUUCGCUUGCUGAGGGGUUGUCGCAGGGUCCUUGGCAGCAGACUUUUGUUAAGGAUGUUGGGUAUAGGCAGUUCUAG